UUUCCCUCUUUCUAUUUUUGCAUAAUACCGUAGGCUGACUUUUACCUAAUUAUUCCAAAAUCAAAAAAAGCUAGGUCGUCGCACCCACCUGAAAAAAUUCUGCCGGUAGAGAUUCAGUUUCCGAUCAGCUCACCGAUUCAUAUCUUCCGAAAUCAAGCACCAGGGCGCUAACCUGCGCACCUGGCGCUCUUUAUCACAUUCUCCCUCUUUCCUCUAUCUUCAACCUACCUCUCAAUACCACAACACAUCCAAUAAUUCAAACCAAAAAAAAAUAAAAAAAAUUACAUAAAAGGAGGAAAAUAUGGGAGAUGUGUGGGCCUGGGCUCUCUUCUUCUUCAUUCUAAUCGCCCUUGUUAUUAUGUUAGUUUACCAGCUCAUGUGCUUGACCGAUCUGGAGUUCGAUUAUAUCAAUCCGUACGACUCGGCGUCUCGAAUAAACAAUGUGGUUUUGCCUGAAAUCAUUACCGAAGGGGUUUUGUGUUUGCUUUUCCUUCUAACGGGGCAUUGGGUCAUGUCGCUUUUCUGUUUACCGUACCUCUACUACAACGUGAUGUUGUAUCUUAAGAAAAAGCAUCUAGUCGACGUAACCGAGAUCUUUAACUUGCUAAAUUGGGAAAAGAAGCAACGGCUUUUCAAGCUCGGUUACGUCAUACUUCUUCUCUUCAUGUGCUUGUUCUGGAUGAUUUAUAACGCACUCGAAGACGACGAGUAACCACCACGACAGAUUUCUCCGGUGCUUUUGAUGCACUUUUCAAUUUUUGCAAAUUGUAACUUAGAACUUUAGUUUGAGGCUUAAAGUUGGCCUUAUUUAAUGUUGUUUGAUUGUAAACCUGUAACAAUAUAUAGAUAAGUUAAAACAGUUUCAGGGUUGGUUCAUUGGUUUUGUUUGCUAUUUAAUUAUUGAAUUUUGAGGUUGUCUUUCCUCUUUUUUGUCCCACUGAUGUGUAAACUGAGGACAUGGUUUUAAUGCAAUGCUGGAUAUUUAUUUUUUCGGGUUAAUUAAA